AUGGUACUUUUCACUGAAAUCAUUGACUAUUUGGGCAAUGCUCUGGCUAUUGUCGUCCUCGUUUGGACCACUUUGCUGUUGGCUAGGAAAAGGAGAUACCAUCCGAAUUAUAGAAUCGGUGUCGUUCUCUUGAGCGGCUCCAUUUUAUAUCAGUUGAUUUCGAAUACGAUAUUUGUCGCGAUUCAAUGGUCCGAAUUCACUAUGGUAUUUUAUGCCCUGAGGAGAACAAGGAUUGAUUGGGCCGAUCGACAUAAAGAAGCUUCACUCUCGAAGCGUUUUCAACUUGCCGAAUCGCGUUCAUCCGCUCGAAUCUUUGUCCCUCUUGUAAUUAGCAAUUUCUGUACGGUUCUCUUUUUUCUCGCGUGUCAAUCGAUUAACACUUUUGCCGAGUUGAGUCUCAAUGAACAACAAUUUGUGAGAGCUUGGAUGACUCUAUCGUUGGCGCAAAAGUCCCGCUUUCAUCAGAAUUUUCGGUUCAACGUUGUCCUCUUGAGCGGAUCCGUUUUUUAUCUCCUUCUCUUUUAUGCGAUUCUCGACGUGUUCAACAAUUUACCCAUCAUCUUUCCAACUACAAUUUUUGUCGUACGGCAAUUCGGUUGGAUUUGGUAUCGAUCAGCGAUUUUGACUUUUGUUUCCGAGAGAUUUGCUUGUGCCCUAAUGACAAGGAAUUACGAAUCAGUUAACCAUAUUUGGGGGAAAAUUCUAGCCAUAAUUUUCACCGGCUUUAUGGCUUUUCUCCUGGUCGUCGUUUUGUUGUUAACACAAAACGAAAAAACGGUGUACACUGUCGUUUGGACAGCUCUAAUCGAAUCGAUCACUCUGCCGAUGACAAUUUAUAUUCUAAUGCGGACGAAAUCUGAAUGGAAACUGAGACAUCGAGGAGCAUCAUUGUCACAGAGAUUUCAACUCUCCGAAUUCCGAUCUUCUGUCAAAUUCUUUGUGCCACUCGUUUUGAGCAAUUUUGUGAGCGUUUUCAUCUUUCUUGGCCUCAAGUCAGUGAUCACUUUUGUGGAUUUGGAUGAUAAUGGACUGGCGGCUUUUAACGAAGCGAUUGAUGUGCUCGAUUUCUAUCAGCGCCUCUUCUACGUUGGCUGUGUCGUCCGAACCGAAGAAGAUUCAUUAAACGAUUUCUUGAACUUUUUCAAGAGAAAACUGAAAUGGAGAGAGAAAUUCCCACGGAAACCAAAUCGAAUCCGUGACAUCACAAUGGCAAAAAUAAGCCAAGAUGAAUAUUUCAAUUCAAUCAAAAUCAUGUGGGCU